CUGGCGACCAAAAGGGUUCUCUUCCUCUAUAAAACACAAAAACGACUUUUGUUAAAGUAUCCUAUAUAUAUAUAUAAAAGUCGUUUUUAUAUAUAUACAAAAAAAUAGUUCGUGGAACACAAGGAGAGAACUGUUAAUGUGAGUAUUGUCUAUAGCUCCACUAGAUGGCGUAGGUACCCCAAACUGAAGUUGGGUCGGAACAUCCUAAAAGAGAGAGAGAGUGAGAGAGUGGGGAAAAGAGAGAGAGAGGGGGGGGGGGCUAUUUUCAUCAAUUUCCUCUAAUGUUAACACAUUACGCAAGGAGAAUGAGCGUAGAUGUAAGACUUCGUGAACUGUCUUUGCUCAUUUCCUUGGUUGCCCGGUGUCUGUCGGUUACAGAAGGGUGAAAGCGAAGGUGAUCUCGGACAUUCUAUCUCUCAUCAUCAAUUAAUCACAACCUGACGUCGGGUGUUUUAAUCAAGGGGGAGCUCCGAUGCAACAGGUGUUUUCCCCGCGCAGCCUUCGUAUCGUUUUAUUUUGAGAAGCCUGGCCAGCAGCCGAAACAUUUCUGAAGUGGUCCGGGUGGACCGGUCUGGUACACCGGAGGUCUUAUCCCUGGAUCUUUUAGCGGGGGAGGGGGGAGAUCGUGAUGACAUAUGUCAUCUUCGGAGCUGUCCGUGGUCCUGAAGUUAAAGCGCACUUGAGCCACGAGAACUUUGCAGAACGCCAGAAGAAACCCUUACAGUGCCGGUCAGCCGAACUAAGUUAAUUUAUUGUAAGAAAGUAGUCCUGGACAGAGAGGUAUAGCAGGAGGAAAGAAAUUCGUUGAUGUAACACUUCAGUUAAAACGUUACUGAAUAGGAUGACGCGCCAAAUUCGUAUAUAGGCAAGACUGUCUCUCUGUAUUUUUCAUUUGGUAAUAUAGAGUAAUAAGCCCAUUUCUUAUCAGUUUUUACAGAGUGAAAAUUGUAACCCGGAUUAUUUGGAAAAUAUGAUACCCGCCCAGGAAGCUGUAAGAAUCUACCACACCAACUAUGUGAGAAACGCGAGGGCGAUCGGGGUCCUGUGGCAAGUUCUUACCACCGUGUUCGCUAUCAUUGACAUGGUGAUCUUCAUCCAGCCGUACUGGAUCGGCGACAGCGUCAACACGCCACAGGCGGGCUACUUCGGCCUGUUCCACUACUGCGUCGGGAACGCGCUCACUGGCGAGCUGGUGUGCAAGGGUAGCGCGCUGGAUUUUGGCUCCAUCCCCUCAGGCGCGUUCAAGACGGCCAUGUUCUUCGUGGGCAUCUCUAUGCUCUUGGUGGUCGGCUGCAUCGUCUGCUUCAGCCUGUUCUUCUUCUUCAACUCCGGCAGCGUCUACAAGAUCUGCGCCUGGAUGCAGUUCGCGUCCUGUGGCUGUAUGACGAUCGGCUGUCUGAUCUAUCCCGAUGGCUGGGACUCGCCCGAGGUGAAGCGCAUGUGUGGGCAGAGGACAGAUAAAUAUACUCUGGGUAACUGCACGGUGCGCUGGGCCUACAUCUUGGCCAUCAUCAGCAUCCUCGACUCGCUCAUCCUCUCCUUCCUGGCCUUCGUGCUGGGCAACCGACAGGACACCCUCCUCCCUGAGGACUUCGAUGUGGGAGGACAUGAAAAAGAAAAAGAGAAAGAAAAAGAGUGAGGAUGCUCUCUCCCAGCACACUCAACCCUGUGCUGAGCCUUCAGAACGGAUGCCUGGGUUCUAAGUGGAUCGCGUCCUUAACAUCUCACAUGCUGCCAGUGGUACAGACAUCAACCGUGAGACAACUGUCUGGAGAUUUCGAAAAGGGUGCAGAGAGGAAUUUACAAACAAAACAAGGCUGAUUGUCAGUCAGUUCUUUUAUUGCCACAAGCGGCACACUGCAACACACACGUGCAUUUUAUGGAGGCGACACAGGACACACACACACAAACACACGCACGAAUUUGAGGGGCACGACGAUUUCUGUGUGUAGUGAGCUUACAAGAGUAGCCCGACAUUGUUUCUGGCUAUUCUGUGAAACCCAACAGAGCGGAGGUGUAUGCAACGUGUGUAUUUAUAACGACGCUUAGCACCCUGUAGUGUUUCGUAACUUUGUUGAAACGCAAUCUUUUGUAAUUCAAGUUUUUAUUUAGGCGUUGGUGUUGUGACAGUACCACAUUAUACAUUGUACAUUGUGAGACAUUUCUUAUUAUGCACAUUACAUGUAACAUCGGUAGCAUAGCAAAACAAAAAUGAAAUAAAAAUAGAGUACAAAUAAAACCAUUUGUGUAAAGGACAUGUUGAUAGUUACAUAACCAGGAAUAAUAUC